GUCAAAAUCGUAAAUGCGUUCCACGGAUCUCACACAGCAAGAAGUAGAAGCAUUGGUUAAUGAAGAAGCCUAAAGUAUUAUUCCAAUUCUGCCCUUGGAAUGCGGUCGUUCGAAAGGUGAGGCCUCUUCCCUCCUCGCGACGGACGCCCGCCGUUGACGACUAGCGCGAGAAGAUCCCCAUGUCUUCUUGCGGCCAAGGCGUUUCUUCUACAAAUAUUGGGAUUGUCGGGACGUGCAACCGUGGAGCGUUUCAUCUUGGUUUGAAUGCGAAUUUGAGGACUUUGAGACGGAAACAGGAAGAAACCCUAAGAUGAAGCCUUCCUCCGGAGUGAUCGACAUAUCGGAGUGCGCCAAGAGGCUCGACGUGGACAACCAGAUCUCUCUCCGUCACUACUACCGGAUUGCCCAUAAUCUUCUCAAACAGGCAGACAUUUAUCGGAGCGAAAAGAAUAUUAUUGAUCUUUUUGUUAUGCUACUGAGAUUUUCAAGUUUGAUUACUGAGACCAUACCGUGCCAUAAAGACUAUCAGGUGGUGCUACAAAAUGAAAAACUUUAUUUUAGAAAGAGACUGUUUGAUGCCUUGAAUGAACUAGAAGCGUUGAAGCCUGACGUACAGCAUCUGCUUGAAGAACUGAAUAAGAGGAAUAGAAGCCAAGUAAAUAGAUUGGAACAAAUUCCACAAGAUGGUUCUCUUGAUGAUUCAUUUGAGCGGCCAUCGUUUAGAAGGCUGACACUAAAGAAUAACAUAGUUAGCCAGGCUCAUAGAACAGUUGUGCGAGAUGGCUUUUAUAGAAGUCCCAUUGUUGAGGGACACAAGCUAUUGACCAACACUAAAGAAGAUCGCUUUCGGAAAUUAAGAUCUCUUAGGAUCCCAUGCCUCAAGGAGGAAACCCUAUCAAGACACUCAAUCUUGGGUCCAAAUGGUCUUCAUGGACCAUGGCAGCCACCCAGUGUUGAUCAAGGGAUACAAUACCCAAGUAAUUUGGACUUGACUCCAAUUGAGAUACCAAGCCUGCUUCAACCAACAGAGAAUAAACCUGUGACUGUGAAGGAAAAUGACACUUUGGAGAGUGAAAGAAGUAUGCUUGAAUUUCUUUCACUGCAAGAGAAUGUAACUCGACAGCAUGAAGAACAACGUCGAAUGAUCAACUUGGACGUGUCAGAUGUGAAUCCUAAGAUGGACAUCAUCAAAGGACUCUCUCCUCCGCCUGCCUUUGCAGAAGUACAAGAUGUUGUUGUAGCAGCACAAGUUUCUAAAUCCUCAAAUCCACAAACUGUUUCUUUGCAGAAUGAGCUAAUUCGUGCUGAAUCUCCUCAAGAAGUUCACAUAUCAACAGUUCUGUUGGAAAGCUUUAUGAGACUUGCAAAAUCAAAUACUGUCAGAAAUUUAGAAACCUGUGGUGUUCUUGCAGGUUCCCUUAAAAACAGGAAGUUCUAUGUGACAGCUCUUAUCAUCCCCAAGCAGGUGGCGACAUCUAAUUCAUGUCAGACAACAAAUGAAGAAGAAAUCUUCGACUAUCAGGACAAGCAGUCACUAUUUCCCCUUGGAUGGAUUCAUACUCAUCCUACUCAAUCAUGUUUCAUGUCCUCAAUUGAUCUACACACUCACUAUUCUUAUCAGACCUUGUUGCCUGAGGCCAUUGCAAUAGUUAUGACACCAAAAGAUGGAUCAAGAAAGUAUGGGAUAUUUCGGCUGACAAAUCCAGGAGGCAUGUCAGUCAUAAGGCGAUGCCCUCAUCGUGGCUUCCAUCCUCACCGACAGCCAUCAGAUGGGGGUCGCAUCUAUGACCACUGCUCCAAUGUCUACAUGGACCCUAAACUGAAGUUUGAUGUGGUGGACCUCCGAUAGCAACCCCUCUCUUUCUAAUCGUUUCCCUCAAUUCUUUGUCCAUAUGGGGGUCUAUGCUAUUGUUUUCGGUAACAACUGUGAGAUAAAGAGCCCUUAACUAGUUUUCUUGUGCAUAAAACCCGUCGAUGGGGGUUCUGAGCAAGACAUGAACCAAAACACCUGUUCAUCAACCUUGUGUUGAGGUAAUUGUUCA